CUGAACUCUCGUCAGUGGAGUUAGUGGGUGGUGGUUUGGAAGUAGGGAGAAAGAGGUGGAGGGCUUGUUUGAAUGCACCAAGCCUCGCAGGCUUUCCUCCUCCCCGCGCUGGUCAGGUAGGUUCUUUUCAGUUCCUGAUGAGGCAAACGAAAACAAAGCAGUUGAGCAGCACCAAAGUAUAUACUUUGGGGGCGCCGUGAUCAGAGGAUUCCCUUUCCCGGGAACUUGCGUCUAGUCCUCUGACGCAUCCUAGUUCGGAGUGGGUGGAAGGGCAUGUGGAGUCCACAGCGCCCCCUCGCCCUAGGCGGGGUGGAGACAGCGAGACGACGCCCAUGAUCAGCUGGUUACAAAACUCGAGGAAUAAGAAGUUUAAUAUCUAUUAGUCUGCAAAUCCGGAGACCUUGCGGCCUCACUGGUCCUCCUUCCCUCUGAGCUAUCUCCACACCCAGCCUUGGAUCAGAGGGGAUUUAGAAGCAGAGCUGUCCGCAGCGAAUACUUUUAAUGCCCAGGCCGGGAAGAAAGCGGGUUAGGAUCUGAUCCCGCUGAAUAGAGGACCCAGGAGCCUCCCGCCCCGGGUGCUCUGUAGUGCGGGGGCGCGCUGCGCGCUGCGCGCUGCGCCUGGGCGGCUGGCGGCGGCGGCGUGGGGGCGGUGAUGCAGGUGUGACACCGGCCGGCUACUGCCUCCGCCCGGAUCGCCCAGCGCCGCGUUAGCCGGAGCUGCACGCGGGGCUACCGGGGUGGAAGCUGCUCUGCCUGCAUCCGGAGGCGUCCGCCAGCGGAUUUCCCACCCAGGGCAUAAUCUUCGGUGGCAGGACAAAUCAGGCCAGCACGCAGUCUGCCAAGUCCCUGUCAAGAAAAACAGCUAGAUCCAUUUCUAAUCAACACUUCCCAACACAACACUUCUGAGUCUCUAAAGGAGACCAGAGCUCGAAACUUUCCAGACUUCCAAUAGAUAUCGAGUACAAAAGGAUAUUAAGGUUGUCUUUGCACAAAUCUGGUUGAUUUGAGAGAUAAAGGGGUGAGAAAACGAGUGUGACUUUCACCUAAGAAGUCACAUGAACAUAUUUCACAUUUGAACUACAUAAUGAAUGAUGGUUAUUGAAAUAGCCCAAACCUCUACCACAGAGCGAAGGAUAUAGCUCAGGUGGCAACCAAGCAGUCGCAGAACCAAGGAAUGGAUGACUACAAGUAUCAGGACAACUAUGGGGGCUAUGCCCCCAGUGAUGGCUAUUACCGUGGCAAUGAGUCCAACCCAGAAGAAGAUGCACAGAGUGAUGUCACCGAAGGUCAUGAUGAGGAAGACGAGAUCUAUGAGGGCGAGUACCAGGGUAUCCCUCACCCAGAUGAUGUCAAGGCCAAGCAGGCCAAGAUGGCGCCCUCCAGAAUGGACAGCCUUCGGGGCCAGACAGACCUGAUGGCUGAGAGGCUGGAAGAUGAGGAGCAGUUGGCCCACCAGUACGAGACCAUCAUGGAUGAGUGUGGCCAUGGCCGCUUCCAGUGGAUCCUCUUUUUCGUCUUAGGUUUGGCCCUGAUGGCCGAUGGAGUGGAAGUGUUCGUGGUGAGUUUUGCCCUGCCCAGUGCAGAGAAGGACAUGUGUCUGUCCAGUUCCAAAAAAGGAAUGCUAGGGAUGAUAGUCUACUUGGGAAUGAUGGCGGGGGCCUUCAUCCUGGGAGGCCUGGCUGAUAAGCUGGGAAGGAAGCGAGUCCUCAGCAUGUCUCUGGCCGUCAAUGCCUCCUUCGCCUCCCUCUCUUCCUUCGUGCAGGGAUAUGGAGCCUUCCUCUUCUGCCGACUCAUCUCAGGCAUCGGUAUUGGGGGUGCUCUGCCAAUUGUUUUUGCCUAUUUUUCUGAAUUCUUGUCUCGGGAGAAGCGAGGAGAACACCUCAGUUGGCUGGGCAUCUUCUGGAUGACUGGGGGCCUCUACGCAUCUGCCAUGGCCUGGAGCAUCAUUCCACACUAUGGCUGGGGCUUCAGCAUGGGGACCAAUUACCACUUCCAUAGCUGGAGAGUGUUUGUCAUCGUCUGUGCUCUGCCCUGCACUGUGUCCAUGGUGGCCCUGAAGUUCAUGCCAGAGAGCCCACGGUUUCUGCUAGAGAUGGGAAAACAUGACGAAGCCUGGAUGAUUCUCAAGCAAGUCCAUGACACCAACAUGAGAGCUAAGGGGACCCCAGAGAAAGUGUUCACGGUUUCCAACAUCAAAACUCCCAAGCAAAUGGAUGAAUUCAUUGAGAUCCAAAGUUCAACAGGAACCUGGUACCAGCGCUGGCUGGUCAGAUUCAAGACCAUUUUCAAGCAGGUCUGGGAUAAUGCCUUGUACUGUGUGAUGGGGCCCUACAGAAUGAAUACACUGAUUCUGGCCGUGGUUUGGUUUGCCAUGGCAUUAAGUUACUAUGGACUGACAGUUUGGUUUCCUGAUAUGAUCCGCUAUUUUCAAGAUGAAGAAUACAAGUCUAAAAUGAAGGUAUUUUUUGGUGAGCAUGUGUACGGCGCCACAAUCAACUUCACGAUGGAAAAUCAGAUCCACCAACAUGGGAAACUUGUGAAUGAUAAGUUCACAAGAAUGUACUUUAAACAUGUACUCUUUGAGGACACAUUCUUUGACGAAUGCUAUUUUGAAGAUGUAACAUCAACAGAUACCUACUUCAAAAAUUGUACCAUUGAAUCAACCAUCUUUUAUAACACAGACCUCUACGAGCAUAAGUUCAUCAACUGUCAGUUUAUCAACUCCACCUUUCUGGAGCAGAAGGAGGGCUGCCACAUGGACUUGGAGCAAGAUAAUGACUUCCUGAUUUACCUCGUCAGCUUCCUGGGCAGCCUGUCUGUCUUACCAGGAAACAUCAUUUCUGCCCUGCUCAUGGAUAGAAUCGGAAGGCUCAAGAUGAUUGGUGGCUCCAUGUUAAUCUCUGCAGUCUGCUGCUUCUUCCUGUUUUUUGGCAACAGCGAGUCUGCGAUGAUUGGCUGGCAGUGCCUGUUUUGUGGGACAAGCAUUGCGGCCUGGAAUGCUCUGGAUGUGAUCACAGUGGAGCUGUAUCCCACCAACCAGAGGUCAGUUCUUCCAUGGGCUUUCCUCAGGGACUUGUUUGGGUUUCUUUGGUCAGAAGUCUACCUGCUCCCUGAAUCUCAUGCUGUGCAUGGCCAUCGUGGUCUUUCUGCUGUUCCAGUGCUCCAUGUUAUCUCUGCAGUCUGCUGCUUCUUCCUGUUUUUUUGGCAACAGCGGAUCUGCGAUGUCGCUGGCAGUGCCUGUUUCUGUGGGACAAGCAUUGCGGCCUGGAAUGCUCUGGAUGAAAAAGAAUUCCCUCGUACCCCUCUUCCCCCUGCAAUAAGGAAAAGAAAGACAUUCCAGUCCUGUUCAUCUAAUGAGGUUCAGAAUGUCAGAAUUAUUUCCAUUCUUCUUCUUUUACAGAGCAACAGCCUUCGGCAUUCUCAUGGAUUAUGCAAAUUUGCCAUCCUGGGAAACACCAUAUUUGCUUCUUUUGUUGGGAUAACCAAAGUGUUCCCCAUCCUUCUGGGUGCUUCUCUGGUUGGGGGUGGCCUGAUUGCCCUUCGACUGCCAGAGACUCGAGAACGGUCUGAUGUGAACCACUAUGGGAAAAGGAAAGGUCAAGAGAAUCUUGUCCAGGACACUAAAAUGCAUCCACACUUCCUGCCUAUCACGGUCCAGAGGGCACCUCGGAUAACAUGCGAGGAGAAGUUGACUUUGUGACCCCUAGUUUAGGACCCACUUCAGCUGUCAAUAUGUUUGUAAUCAGGUGACUGUUUUGGGGUGCCCUGAGCCACCCUUAGAAUCCACAGAGCUGCGUGUUUAACUUCAGGUCUUCCCAGUCCAAGGCAGGGAGAGGAUUCUCCAGUGAGUGCACACACUAUGCCGAGAGUAAGCAUUUCUCUAAGUCAAGUGCAAGGACUUAUUGCAUUUCCAAAGGAAUUAGAGGGUAAGAAAUACCCAAGCUCCUCCCUAAAGCUCCUUGGACCAACAACUUAACAAAUCAACUUGGCUGGAAGUUAGAGUCAUUAUAUGAAGAUUGG